AUGGCACAGUUGAAAUCAAAUUCGAAUACUAAUACUGGAAAACUAUUUAUCAAAGCUCCAGAAAUAAGUUCAAACGAGGAAUUCAGCUACAGCAGUUAAGUUGAUAUCUGGUCUCUCGGAGUGACUCUCUACUACUUGUGCACUAAGUAAUUUCAAUACUAAGGCAAGACGUUAUCUGAGAUAAAGAAACAAGAUUAGACAGCUUAUAUUAGUCUUAAUGGAUAGUACAAAGUAUUCGAGCCCCUUUUAAAUAAAAUGCUUCAGUUUAAUCCAGCUUUGAGAAUAGACGCACUAUAGGUGCUGUGUGAAGUUUGUAAGAUUAAUAAUGAACCUGUGAACAAGCAUUUGGAAAUAGAGGAGCAAAAGCAAAGUUAUCCCGAUACUACUAGUUUUAAUGAGGGCUAGACUACUUUUGCUUUAACGAUAAGAUCAACAAAUGCUUUUGUCAAUGAAAUUAUUUAAAAGCUAGGGGAUUUUGACUUUUAGCCAAAGCCUAAAUACACAGAUAAAAUAAAAAGGAUUGCUCAGCCAAUGAUUAUUCUAGAGAAUGGAGAAAAGUAUGAGGGAGAAUGCGAUGUUGAUAGUAAUGUGAGAGAUGGCAAGGGAAGGAAUAUAUAUGCAGAUGGAUCGCUUUACGAUGGCUAUUGGAGAAAUGAUAAAGCCAAUGGCAGAGGUAGACUAAUACAUGCAAAUGGAGAUGUCUACGAAGGCGAGUGGAAGGAUGACAAAACUGAUGGAUUUGGAAAGUACUAUCAUAUUGAUGGCUCUUGCUACGAGGGACACUGGAAAGAGGAUAAACAACAUGGUCAUGGUAAAGAGACAUGGCCUGAUGGUGCUUGCUAUGAAGGUGAAUACAAGGAAGGCAAGAAAGACGGAUAUGGAAAGUUUUCAUGGGCUGAUGGAUCAACAUACCAAGGCUAAUUUCAUGAUAACAAUAUCGAGGGUGAGGGAGUCUACACCUGGGCUGAUCACAGAUAGUACAAUGGUAAAUGGGUCAACAAUAAAAUGCAUGGCACUGGAGUUUUUACCUGGGCUGAUGGCAGGAAGUACGUUGGGUAAUACUUCGAUGAUAAGAAAUAAGGUUAGGGUGUAUUCUAAUGGCCAGAUGGGAGAUAAUACGAUGGUAGCUGGUACAAUGGCAAGCAGCAUGGAUUUGGUACAUAUACAACCACCAAGGGAGAGACGAAGAAAGGAGAGUGGAAAGACGGAAAGCGAGUCAGGUGGCUCUCAGGUAACUAGGAUAAUGACGCUGGAGACAAUAUCCCUGAUGCCCAAUGA